AUGGCGGAAGGGAAGGCGCAGGAGGCCCUGCAGGAGCGCUACCGCCUGGGUUCCCUGCUGGGGCGCGGAGGAUUCGGCAGCAUCUGCUCGGCGACGCGGCUCUCGGACGGCGCCCCAGUCGCCAUCAAAAGGGUGCCACGGAACCGCAUCCGGCACUGGAGCGAGCUGCCCGACGGCACCAGCGCUCCCCUGGAGGUUGUGCUGCAGGACAAGGUGUCCACUGGCUUCCCCGGUGUCGUACAGCUGCUGGAGUGGCUUGAGCUCCCCAGCGACAUUGUGAUGGUGCUGGAGCGGCCAGAGCAGUCUCAGGACCUCCUGCAUUUCAUUCGGGCACGGGGGUUCCUGCGCGAGGAGGUGGCGCGGCCGCUGUUCCGCCAGGUGCUGGAGGCCGUGCAGCACUGCACCAGCUGCGGGGUCCUGCACCGCGACAUCAAACCAGCGAACAUCCUGGUUGACCUGGCCACCGGGCAGGCUAAGCUGAUUGACUUUGGCUGUGGCACCUACCUGCAAGACACAGCCUACACUCACUUUGCAGGAACACCAUCAUACAGCCCCCCGGAAUGGACCCGCUUUGGCUGGUACCAUGGCGAGCCAGCUACCAUCUGGUCCCUGGGCAUCCUGCUGCACGAGAUGGUCUGUGGGAAGAUGCCUUUCAGGAGGGGCUGGAACUUCAGCUGGGGCCAGCUCUCGCUGCCACAACGGCUCUCUCCAGAGUGCCAAAAUCUGAUCGGGUGGUGUUUAUCCAUGCACCCCUUGGCCAGACCCUCAUUAGAAGAGCUGUUCUGUCAUCCUUGGAUGCAGGAUAUUCCUCUGCCCUAGAAGAAGGGAGAGAGCCACAGGCACACUUUGAUCCAGGGCCCUGGGAAGGAGAAGGAGCCCCCAGAGAAGCUGUACCAGAUGGGGCUGCUGCUGCAGGAGACGGCGAGGAUGACAUCAAGGAUGACAACCUCUUCCUCAACCUGGCCACCAGCAGUUGAAGGAAGCAUUCUAGGUGGUCCAGUCUGGAUUGGGAAGUGCUUGGGACCAGCUGCAGCGUGGAUGGGCCGUGCCCUUGGAGCAGGCUGAGGACAUCGUUUG